AUGAAGAAGACAACCAAACGUCCUUCCAAGAAAUCUUUCCAUGCUGAAAAUGGAAACGGCAUAUCUCCCUCACCUUCUUCACACCCGGGUGAUGGACCAGAAAGAACGGUGAAGAAGGUGAAAUUGUCCAAGGCUCUUACAAUUCCCGAUGGGACAUCGGUUUCUGAUGCAUGUAGACGAAUGGCGGCUCGCCGUGUCGAUGCUGUUUUGUUGACUGAUUCCAGUGCUUUGCUUUCUGGGAUUCUUACUGAUAAGGAUGUUGCUACUAGAGUUGUUGCUGAGGGGUUGUUACCUGAUGAGACUGCUGUGUCCAAAGUAAUGACGCGGAAUCCUGUUUUUGUUACGUCGGAUACACUGGCUAUUGACGCUCUUCAGAAGAUGAUCCAGGGUAAAUUCAGGCACCUCCCUGUUGUGGAAAACGGUGAAGUCAUUGCCAUAUUGGAUAUCACAAAAUGUCUUUAUGAUGCCAUAGCUAGGGUGGAGAAGGCUUGUCAGCAAGGGAGUGCCGUUGCUGCUGCUGCAGUUGAGGGGCCGGACCAUCAGCGAGCUCCAAAUGCUUUCAUUGAUACAUUGAGGGAGCGCAUGUUCAAGCCUUCCUUGUCAACUAUACUUGGUGAAAAUACAAAGGUUGCUAUUGCAUCAGCAUCAGAUCAUGUCCAUGUAGCUGCAAAAAGGAUGCAAGAGUUGCAUGUCAGUUCAUCUGUGAUUGUAACAGAAGGCAAAGUUCAGGGGAUAUUGACUUCAAAAGACAUUCUUUUGCGUGUCAUGGCUCUACAUCUUCCCCCAGAGUCGACCUUAGUGGAAAAGAUAAUGACUCCAAACCCACAAUGUGCAACACCAGAGACAACAAUUAUUGAUGCUCUGCAUAUGAUGCAUGAUGGAAAGUUCUUACAUCUUCCUGUGGUAGACAAAGAUGGAAAUGUUGUUGCCUGUGUGGAUGUUUUGCAGAUAACUCAUGCUGCAAUUUCUCUGGUUGAAAGUAGCUCUUCUGGAAAUGUUAAUGAUGUGGCAGGCACAAUUAUGCAAAAGUUUUGGGACUCGGCUUUUUCUCUUGAACCACCUGAAGACUACGACACUAACAGUGAAGUCUCUGGACAACUGACUUUGGAUGGGGCAGAUACCACAAAGUCUACAUACCAGUCUGCAGGUUUUGGACAUUCAUUUACUUUUAAAUUCGAGGAUCCCAAUGGUCAAAUGCAUCGUUUCAACUGUGGUUCUGAAAAUCAAGAUGAGCUUGUAUCAGCUGUUAUGCAAAGAAUUGGUCCUGUUAAUGAUGGAGAACGCCCUGCACUGAUGUACGAAGACGAUGAAGGAGAUAAAAUUAUUAUUUCAACUAAUAACGAUCUCGCUGCUGCUGUCAGCUAUGCUAGAUCUGCAGGACUAAAGGCUCUAAAGUUGAAUUUGAAGUAUGCUGAUUCUACCAAAGAGAUACAACCAAACUCUGGUACAGCCACUAAACAGAAAACCAGUGUAGUAUCUGUCCGCUCUGGUAUUUUUGCAGGCGCCGUUGUUCUAACAAGCAUUAGUGUAUUGCUCUACUUAAAGCGCACCAAAUAG